AUGGAUCGCAGCCUUGUCGACCUUGCUUCCCGGCUACCAUCAUGCGAUGGCAUGCAUAUCACGUUGCCCGAAGAUGUGCCGCGCGGCAAGAUUGUCAUUCUCACCCACUCUGUCUUCUUCACGCAGGAUGGCGAUGACCAACCAGCCAGCCGACUCGCUUUGCCAACUUCUACGGUCGUUCGAGAAGAGUGCAUCCGCCAGCACGGCGCCCGUUCCAAAAACCUCAACCUCAACCGGCCGCCUCCCGUGAGGUUUCCACCGCUCGGCCUCUUUGUCAAGUUCGAUUACCUUGUGUCGGAGGCAGAGGCCCAAUGCCUACUCCUCGUACAGAAAUACCCAGCAACGGUGCCUGUCCCCAAAGUCUACGGCUGGUAA